AGCACUGCAGGCAUAGGGCCUCCAGAAGGACAGGCAAGGUCCCUCUGAGAGACAAGCUGGCUUCUAGCUGAAACCUCUGGCCCAGGCGUCCUCUAAGGGAAGCCAGGCUGUGUCAAGGCAAGGCCCAUGUAGAGAGAAGAUGAAGAUGGGGAGGACCAGAGUGGGUGCGCUUGGAAGGAAAGCCGGCUGCGUGGGGGCACCGUCGAUUGCCCAGGACGCGGUGCCGGCUCGCGUCGUCCCGCAGGCGGCGCCAGAGCGCAAGCCCGCCUCGUGACUCGGGUCCACAGUCCGGCCGGGCGGAGCGAGGGGCGGGCCCCUGCGUCUCUGGGCGCUGGAGCGCGGCGGUGCGGACGGACGGACUGACGGACGCGCAGCGUUACCCGCCAGGGUCAUGGCGGAGCACGCCCCUCGCCGCUGCUGCCUGGGCUGGGACUUCAGCACGCAGCAGGUCAAGGUUGUUGCUGUUGAUGCAGAGUUGAAUGUCUUCUACGAGGAAAGUGUGCAUUUUGACAGAGACCUUCCAGAAUUUGGGACUCAGGGCGGUGUUCAUGUGCACAAGGAUGGGCUGACGGUCACUUCUCCAGUGCUAAUGUGGGUCCAGGCACUCGAUAUCAUCUUGGAGAAGAUGAAGGCUUCAGGCUUUGACUUUUCUCAAGUCCUAGCCUUGUCCGGGGCAGGCCAGCAACACGGAAGUAUAUACUGGAAGACUGGAGCCCAGCAGGCACUGACAAGCCUAUCACCAGACCUCCCGCUACACCAGCAGCUGCAGGACUGUUUCUCCAUCAGCGACUGCCCGGUGUGGAUGGACUCCAGUACCACAGCCCAGUGCCGCCAGCUGGAGGCUGCUGUGGGCGGGGCUCAGGCUCUCAGCUGCCUCACGGGGUCCCGUGCCUACGAGCGUUUUACAGGAAACCAAAUUGCAAAAAUUUACCAGCAGAACCCCGAGGCCUACUCACACACGGAGAGAAUUUCUUUGGUCAGUAGCUUUGCUGCUUCCCUGUUCCUUGGCUCUUACUCCCCUAUUGACUACAGCGACGGUUCUGGAAUGAAUUUGUUGCAGAUACAGGAUAAAGUCUGGUCCCAGACUUGCCUUGGUGCCUGUGCACCUCAUUUAGAGGAGAAGCUUGGCCCACCAGUACCAUCAUGCUCAGUUGUGGGAGCCAUUUCUUCCUAUUACAUCCAGCGCUACGGAUUUCCUCCAGGAUGCAAAGUGGUGGCCUUCACUGGGGACAACCCAGCGUCGCUGGCAGGCAUGAGACUGGAGGAAGGUGACAUUGCGGUCAGCCUGGGCACCAGUGACACCCUGUUUCUCUGGCUCCAAGAACCCAUGCCUGCCCUGGAAGGCCACAUCUUCUGCAACCCGGUUGACUCCCAGCACUACAUGGCACUCCUGUGCUUUAAAAAUGGCUCCCUCAUGAGAGAGAAGAUCCGCGACAAGUCCGCGUCCCGUUCCUGGAGCAAGUUCUCUAAGGCACUGCAGUCCACAGAGAUGGGCAACGGUGGAAACCUGGGUUUUUAUUUUGAUGUAAUGGAGAUCACCCCUGAAAUUAUUGGAUGUCAUAGGUUUAACGCAGAAAACCACAAGGUCGCAGCAUUCCCUGGGGAUGUGGAGGUUCGAGCACUGAUUGAAGGACAAUUCAUGGCCAAGAGGAUUCACGCAGAAGGCUUGGGCUAUCGAAUCAUGUCCAAGACAAAGAUUUUGGCCACAGGAGGAGCAUCUCACAAUAGAGACAUCUUACAGGUGCUUGCAGAUGUGUUUGGUGCCCCGGUGUAUGUUAUAGACACUGCCAACUCAGCCUGUGUGGGUUCUGCAUACCGAGCUUUUCAUGGUCUUGCAGGUGGAAGAGAUGUGCCCUUUUCAGAGGUUGUGAAGUUGGCUCCAAAUCCCAGACUAGCUGCUACCCCAAGCCUGGGAGCUUCUCAGGUCUAUGAGGCCCUCCUCCCCCAGUAUGCCAAACUCGAGCAGAGAAUCUUGUCUCAGACCCGGGGGCCUCUGGAGUGAACAGGCAUCCUUGUUGCCCCUGCCUGCCCAGAUUUACUGACCCCACUUGGAGACAUGGCCCCGGACAGCAGGGAUCCACUUCCCUGUUCUGAACAGCUCUUCCUGCCUCUGCUGACUCCUUGGAGUGUCCAGGACCAUUUUAAAGCCGUCUUCAGCACAUCUGCCUGAAGAUAGAUAGGCACUCGUGUCCUUGUGCCCAUGUGCCCGUGUGCCCAAGGGCAGGAAAACAUCUCUCUUUUCCUGUCUUUUAUCCCAGGAGGCAGGACAACACUGAGACUGGGAUAUAUCUGAUAAAAACUAUGACUUUUCCCCUUGUAGAGGCAGAAUUAAAGCUAAUCUAGGGACUCAAAUUAGCAGAAUGGGGGAGACAAAGCCCUGUCUCACCCCCUAACCUCAUCCUAUCUCUUUCUCCAACCCUGACUCUCUGCCCACUCCUCCCCAAACCAUGACCCACAGCCGCCCCCACCCCAUAUCUUGAUCCUACCUUCCAUCCUCUCCCCCAAUCCAAACCCCACAGCCUCUUCUCUCCCACACCCUGCCCUCCUUGUUUCAGCUGUCUGAGGUGCCUCCCAGAGCCUCUCUUAUUUGCCCUAUGCUCACCCUCUCCAUGCUGUCCCCAUUCUCUCCUUUCACCAUCUGUUCUCUCCCCCUCCUUCAUCUCCUCCCUCCCCAAACGCACCUGGCAUAAUUCACAACCUCCCACCCAAACGGUGGGCCUGGUGGACGUGCUUCCUGUGCCCUCCUUUUAGCUGUUCCCACAGAUCACUGAGAGGGACCAUCUCCCAAGUGGCACAGUUUAGAACUUCUCUCUCUUUUUCUCCCUCAUUCCCUCUCUCUUCUUGCAGUCCACUUGUUGAAGAAGUUGUGUCAUUUCUCUGGAAGAAUUUCCCAAAUUCUGGAUUUCUUUUUUAUAUUGGAGUAUUUCAUCAGCUGAAAAGUUGUGAUUCUCACUUUGAGUUUUCUUCCUGUAUUUGUACAGUGAGUUCCUUUUUCCUUCCUCUUUAUCCCUCCUGUUUUACUUUAUACCUCUCUAUUCCUUGCUCAAAUUAUUGCAAAAGCCUCCACAGAAAGUCCUCUGUGAUCUGACUCCUGCAGACUCUUCCAGAUUUUUCUUCUGCCCCAGGUCUUUACUGAGCUCAGGACUCCAGCUAAAUCAAAAUACUCAUGUUCUCACCCAGAGUGACAAAAUCCUGCAGAUAGGUUUAAGACCUGGUGGAUCAGAGCAGUAGCUAGUGGGAAGUUAAAAGGAAGGGGCUUAGAAAAUGAGUGGGAUCAAAGGCAUCACUUCUGAUGGAGAUGAAGCCAUCUUGAAAGGGAGUGGUGUCCUUUGGAGGCAUGGUGGACGAAAGGGGGCAAAGGAAGCAAGAGGCUAAAGAUAACGGCCCGUUAGAUACGACAGCAAGGCCAAGAUUCCGAAGAAGACAGACAACUCCCCCUAGAUGUUACUUUUUAAAGACAUUUUACAUUAUUGGCCAGCAGAAAAAAGGCUGUCUUGGAGCAUGAAACAGUAAACUGUAACAAAACACUUCAACAUGAAUUUGAAAAUAAAUAAUUGUGGAUAUAAAAGGACACCAGAGAUCAGAAAUUCAAAACCUCAGAAUAAAAAUGAAAAAGCUACAAGCAUAUAAGAGAAGAGAACUGACUGAACUUGGGAAAUAAUUUGAACAAAAAGAUAAGUCAUCACAAAUAUGAAUACUAAAUUAUACUAUAUCUUAAUGAAAAUAGAUAUGGUCACAAGUACAUUAAGGCACGUAGAAGGUAGGAGUAAGAAAAGCUAAGAGAAACAAAACAAACAAAGCAAUAUUAAAGAAAGAGCCAAAAAGACCCAGAAAUAAAAUGAUAGAUAAAGAAGAUUGGCAAAGAAAAGAUGAUACAGGUAAAAUUGGAACUCAUGAAGACAAAAGAUAAGACAGUGGAAUAGAGUUAAUAUUUAAAAUUCAAAUAUUAAAACUCAAACCCAAAAGAACUUUCUGAAAACAAAAGAAAACCUGAAACUUUAUCUUGAAAGGGUCUAUCUUGUUACUUCGAAUAUUGACCCAGAAUGAUGAGCUCUGAGACAUGUCCUGCCAACUAUACUUUGAAGCCAAAGGAAAAGAACUAUGUAAGCCUCUAAGCCAAAAGACCUAGUCUCUUACAAAGGAAAGAUCUGGUUGGCCUCAGACUUCUCAACAAAGCGAGAUAGCAAUGGGGCAACCUUUCCAAGAAACUCAAAGAAAGCAUGAACUGAGGAUUUCAUAUUUCUCCAAGCUGUCCUUUAAGUAUCAAGGAUAUAGGAAGAAGUUUUAAUUACACAAGAACCCAGGGACUAUUGUACCCACAACGUCUUCCUUAGAAUUCUACUAAAAGACAAGCUUCAUCCAACUAGGAGAUGAUUGG